AAUCAAGAAAUGACUGCCAAAUAUUAAUGUUAAACAAUACAAAGUGUUCAACAACGUGUUUAGCAAACAAAAAACAAAUUCAAGGAUAAUUCCAACGUUUAACAAAUUGCAAACUGCAAAUUUGAGUUUAUACUCGCUUCCAAAGUGCCUGCGUUGAAUGAUAAGCCGCAUUGUUGCUGCACGAUGAUUAGCGAACGGCACAAAACCAACAAUUUGGCCACAAUAUUGUGUUGCAUGCUGCUGUGGCAUGUGCACCAUUGUUGCGCCUUGCCUGAUGAUGUGUUCGAGGUCUUGCCACAAACUAUGACGGCGACGGCGACAGCGAGCGUGAAGACUGCCAAUCGUCAGGAUGAAGUGAAUGUCUUGGCCAUUGUGACGCCCAAUGUAACAGCCACAGCAACAGCAACAGCAGCAGCUGCCACUCGCUUGGACCCCAACAAUAACAACGAGUGGCGUCCACUCGGACAUGGCGAUCCACUGCAAAAGGAUCCCACCUAUGACUACAGUCCGCCGGCGCUGGAACGCGUUCGUUAUUGGGCCGAGAACAAUGCGAGUACUCAGGAGACGAGACAACAGCUGCCGGGAGAUAUGUUGAGAAAUAAGACCAAAAGCGAAGUACUGCUGCUGGGCGUGGCUAAUGAGCGGGAUCGAUUGAGAACCGGACAAGUGAAGCAGUCGGGAGCAGCUAUGUAUUCCUCAAAGGCUUCAUCAUCUCAUCCCUCCCAAUCUUUGCAUUACUCUUCUUAUCCCUCGUCACAGUCUUCAUACUACUCAUCUUAUCCUUCGCAUCAGCCUUAUUCCCAUCCCUCACCUCAUCCUUCAUCCCAUCCCUCGCCUCAUCCUUCAUCCCAUCCCUCGCUUCAUCCUUCGUCCCAUUCCUAUGCUGCUCAGCAGUCUAAGUACACGGGUAUCCGACGCAGCUACUACGCUCCACAACCACUGCAGCAGCCACAGCACAUGCCACACACGCAUCUCAUGCCGCCGCCCAUGAUGAUGAAGGCUCAGGGACUAGGCAUGAUCCAGGGCCCCGCUCAGGGAUUAGGUAUGGUUCAGGGACAGACUCAAGGACUCGGCAUGGUCCAAAGUCAGACGCAGGGUCACGACAUGGUCAUGAACCGGGCUCAUGGCCCAAACCAUGUGGAGUAUCGUCAUAGCGUGAUGAACUCGCCUAACAGCAACUCGUACAUGAGCGUCAACAUGGGCAGCAGCUACAGCGCUCCGUUUUUGACUUCCUCCCCUUCCACGUCAGGCAAACCCCACUACAGCAGUCCCUCCUCCUCCUCUUCCAUGGCGACCUCCAGCUGGUACUCUUCCUCUCCCCAACACCCGAACUACAACGAUGCGCAUCUUCAGGAGACCAUGCAACACUACAGUUUCUCCCGACCACAAAGCGGCAGCAGCUCGCCCAAUGCCAUACAUUCAGCACCACGCAAGCCCUGGCUGCACGAGCUGCUGCAAAAGGAGCUGGUGAAGCCCACAAUAAAGCAGCGCAUGAAGCCAACUAUGCCCGCCACCAAGUACUUGAUGGGCACUACAAAACCACAGCAUAUGCAGUUGCCAAGUUCAACCUACGCUCCAUUGACCUAUGCGCCAAUCACCUUUGUGCCGGGUCCGCCGACCAUAGAAACACCCACGACGAGCAGUCCUCCAGCAGAGCUAUAUAUCACACCGCACACCACAAUGCUACCAGCUGUCACCGCUGGUUUUAGACCCAUAACGUUGAGCACAACAUCAAGCACUACAAUGCGACCGGUGACGACGACGACAACACAAUCGAGCUCCCGUUUGAUGAUACCGCAGACAAGCAAUCUGGCAAAACGACCCACAGUGGCCCCGGCACCGGAAUUAACCACAGACGCGCUCUUUUCGCAUUACAAACAGCCGCCAAAACCACUACUGGGUCCCAUGUAUCUCAUCAUUGAGGGUCACUCUAAGGUGAAGACCUAUGGCCAAAACGAACUGGAUCCCCACAGUCCCAAGAUAGUGCCGGUUAUCUCAAAGCGAGAGCCGGUGGUGCGCAUAGCGGAUCCCAAUGAACAGCGCGGCACUGUGGAGACCUAUCAGGUCAAGCAUUUGCAUACCAAAACCCUGCCGUUCACUACGACUACGUCGACGACGAAGCCUAAGACAAAUGCUAAGGCGACUGAAACAAAUGAGAAGACGCCCAAGGUUGCGACGACUCUAGAGAAGUCCGCAACGCUAACGCUUCUGACCCCUAAGACCGCGGCAAUCAAGACGACCCCAAAGUCAGUAGCAACGACAACGACAACAACGACGGCAAAGCCAACUCAAGCUACCAGUUCCCGUCCCAGCAUAAGUCUUCGGUCACAACCUACGCCCAGUCCUAGUCCGCUGACAAAUCUUCUGGCCAGCCCAAGUCCUCUACCUAGUGCAAUUCCCCCGUUAAAUCCUUCUUUCAGUCCCCGUCCCACCCUAACUCCUUCUAUCAAGCCAACUCCUCGGCCAAAUCUGCUCCAGCUUGAUUCACCGACCACAAAUACGCCGCCCAGUGGCGUGCAUGAUCUGCUCAGUCUGCUAGAUAACAUGUUUGCCGAUGCCCACGAGAUUGCAGCUAGCAGCGAGGCGCCAACAACAACGCGACUUAAACCGGUGGUGACAAAACCGAUACCACAGCAGCCGGAACCGCGCAUUGGCAGCCAUGCAGGCAGCAUAGAGAGUGAACUGCAAGAGGUGGAGAAAGAGGAGCCUGAGGUCAAGAAUGGUUCAGAGAUCGCGACGAGCACGGAGCCUGAACAACCGCCGCGUGCCACUCGCCAGGUCUUUGACUAUGAUCAAUUGCCCGAGUCUCGCAUUAAGCUACAGGCAGCAGGGGAAGACGAACUGGAAUACGAUGAAGACAAUGAUUAUGAAGAAGAUGAGGUUGAGGAGGCUGGCGCAGAGGCUGACGCAGAGGGAGAGCUGCUAGCGGAUGGCGAACUGGAUGUGAGUGAAGAUGAAACGUCAGAUGGCGAACAUAAUUUACUCAAACGCAUCGAUAAAUUUGUCGAUGAUGUCGAUGAUGGAGACGAUGACUUGGAAGAUUUGAUUGAGGGCCUAUCGCCCGACGAUGAUGACGACAACGAAGACGACGACGAAGAAGAUCAACAGGCAGCGGAAAGACAACAGCAGCAACAGCAACAUAAGCGUUAACAUUAGUUUUACAUUAUUUUCUUAAAAACUGCGCUCUAUACCAAAUCUAUCAGCAACUUCUUCAAACACACACAAACACAUUCAAUUGUAAAUACAUAAGCUUUAAGAUCAGCAUGGAUCUAGCAUCAGUUUUAGUUGUUUAGUCUUCGUUUGUAUUGUAUUUUUAAUUUAACUUAUUAACGAUUUCUUUGUUUUUUAGUUAUUUAAGUGUGCAAUAAUUGACCAAUAAACAAAAAAAUU